AUGGUGGAGGGAUUGACCCACCUUGCGGUGGUUGCAGAGCCAUACCGGGUCCUUACGGGUCCCGAUUGGGCAGCUGACCUUGACGGCCGGGUUGCCAUUAUUCGUCGUGGUUGUGUGGGCGCUCCGCCCGAGUUCGCCGUCGUUGAGAGGGGUCGCAGCUUCGUCGCCGUCCUCUGGGCCGAGAUGAUCGUGGUGGGAGUAUACUUCUCCCCCAACAGGACACUUGCUGAGUUUGAAGGCCUCCUCCUUGAGCUCAGCCGCGUCACUAGGAGGUCGCACUCCCGGCAGAUGCUUGUUCUCGGGGACCUCAAUGCCAAAUCAUCGGCUUGGGGUUCCUCGAGGACGUGCCCCAGAGGAAGGGCGCUGGAGGAGUGGCUGGUCGAAAGCGGUCUCGUCAUACUCAACCGCGGCACGGAAUUCACAUGCGUGAGACGUUUAGGCGGGUCCGUGGUGGAUGUCACGUUCGCAUCGCCGGACGUCGCGUGUCGCAUCGCAAUGCGCUUCGACCUUGGGCUCCCCCUACAACCAGCACACUGCCGCCCGAGACUUUGUACCGGGUGGUCGGGGGUCUAUUUCCGGACUCAUCCGGAACGGCUUUCAUCCCUCCUGUAA